CCGUGUGUGCGAUUCAUGACAUGUGACACAGCGGUCCACAUCAGGUGCAGGACAGGACGUGUCCUGUGUGUGUUUGUCCAGACGUGUGUCGAAGGGUCAAAUGAACGUCCAAAUACGGUCGUGGUCGUACGUACGUCUGUCAGCGCUGACAGACAGACUGACGUGUUCCCAUGGGGCUGUGCGUCUUCCACAGCUCCCAUCAGCCCCUGCUCCUCCUCCAUCCAGGCCUUCAGCUGUCAGUCAUCUCACCUGUGUGUCCAGGGGAUGUCCUCAGCAGAAGACGGACAGCUGUGUCUGAACAUCAGUCACUCUUCCUCCUCCUCUUCAUCCUUCAGGAGGAAGCCUGUAUCUGCACAGCAGCGAUGGGCCGUGAAGAAGCAGCGAGCAGAGAAGAGGAGGUUCAGCAGCUCCUCAGAGGUCAAAGGUCACUCCUUCAAAAAGAGGAGGGAGGAACCUGAAGCUCCUCCUCCUGAGGUCAAAGGUCACCUCAGUCAGGAGAAAAAAACUAACAGUAAUGCUGUCCACCAGGCUCCGCCCCCUGAGGACACUGACUGGACACCAGAGAAGAAGAAGAAGAUGAUUUUGAAGAAAGAAAAGGAUGAAGGAGCAAAGGAGGCGGGGCGGAGCUCCGUGAAGACGUCGUCUCUGUUUAAACACAACCCACAAAUCCCACAGAUGGACAGGCCUGUCGUUUCUCCGUUGAAGGAGCAGAUCUUCUCCAGUGCUUCGUUUUCAGAUCUGGAUCUUCAUCCUCACCUGGUGGCGACUCUGGACAAAGUCCUGAACGUGUCCACACUGACCAGUGUCCAGAAGCAGACGGUCCCUGUCCUUCUGUCGGGUCGAGACGCCGUCGUCCGAUCUCAGACGGGUUCAGGUAAGACUCUGUCCUACGCCGUCCCUCUGGUCCAGAGUCUUCAGUCGGUCCGUCCAAAGGUCAGCAGGUCUGACGGUCCUCUGGCCGUGGUCAUCGUCCCCACCAGAGAGCUGGCUCUGCAGACCUUCCAGACCUUCCAGAAGCUUCUGAAGCCGUUUACCUGGAUCGUCCCAGGUGUCCUGAUGGGCGGAGAGAAGAGGAAGGCGGAGAAGGCCAGACUCCGUAAAGGGAUCAACAUCCUGGUUUCGACUCCUGGUCGUCUGGUGGAUCAUAUCAAACACACCCUGAGUUUAGUCUUCAGCGCCGUCCGGUGGCUGAUCCUGGACGAGGCCGACCGGACGUUGGACCUGGGUUUUGAGAAGGAUCUGACGGUCAUCUUUAACAGCCUGAAUUCCAAAGGACCGAGUCGACAGAAUGUCCUUCUGUCUGCGACGCUAACCAGCGGUGUGACGCGAUUGGCUGACAUUUGUCUAAAUGAUCCUGUCACCGUCCAUGUGUCUGGCCCCGCCUCCUUUGACUCCACCACCACCCCUGCUGUGAAACCUGACCCUGACCCAGCUGACCAACCAGAGAGCUUCGCCAUCCCCGAAGCUCUGCAGCAGUUUGUGGUGGUGGUUCCCAGUAAGAUCAGGCUGGUUUGUCUGGCAGCGUUCAUCCUGGACAAAUGUAAGUUUUCUCAGGGUAACAAACUGAUUGUCUUUGCAUCGAGCUGCGAGAUGGUCGAGUUCCUCCACUCGCUCUUUUCCUCCGUCCUCUGCAGACCCUCAGCAAAUCACCAGGCAGAGCUCAGCUUCCUGCGUCUCCAUGGCAACAUGAAGCAGGAGGAGCGUUCAGACGUCUUCCAACAGUUCUCAGCAUCUCGGUCUGGAGUUCUGCUUUGUACGGACGUGGCGGCCAGAGGUCUGCACCUGCCACAGGUCACCUGGAUCGUUCAGUUCACUCCUCCGACGGCAGCGGCCGACUACGUCCACCGUGUCGGUCGAACGGCUCGAAUUGGACAUAGAGGAAGCAGCCUCCUCUUCCUCACCCCUGCGGAGAACGCCUUCAUCACAGAGCUGGCCAAUCACAACAUCAGCCUAUCAGAGAUGAAGCUGCUCGACAUCCUGUCUAGUCUAAUGAUGGACGACGCCUACAGGGGGCGGGGCAAAUACCACAGCCAGAGUUCGUCUAAAGCUCGAGAACAGGAGAUCCGAGAACGAGCCACCGUUCUGCAGACGGAGUUUGAGAACGUCGUUCACGCCGACGCUCAGUCAGUACAAAUGGCCAAAUCAGCGCUCCAGUCCUUCCUGCGGGCCUACGCCGCCUACCCCGCCCGCCUCAAACACAUCUUCCACAUCCGCUCGCUCCACCUUGGACACGCCGCCAAGAGCUUCGGCCUCCGAGAUGCCCCGCAGGGCCUGAGCGUCGCCACGGCAACGCACAACAGGAAACUCAAGAACCGCCACCAGAACCAGAGGCAGAGGACGGGAAAGCAGAACCCAGGACCAGAAGCACCUGCAGAGAAGAGGUUUCCUGGCGGACAGAGGGAGUCUCAUCUGGUCUGUUCAGAGUUUUCCUCCGGGUUGGACACAUCCAAGAAGAAGAAGAAGAAGAAGAGGAAGGCUCUGACUGGUCAAACAGGAGAGGGGGAGGAGCCUGAGUGACUGUUUACACACGUGUGAGAAAUGAUGUGAACUCUGAGCUGACGUUGAACCAGGGUGUCAAACAUACGGCCCGUGGACCUAAAGGGGCCGUCCAACGGUCCGGACCCGCCCACCAAUCUGAACUGAACCAUCGACCACGGAAAGUCCGUUUAUUCAGAACAGUGUGAUCUGAAGUGGAUCAGAACCAGGACCAUAUGAUCUGAAGUGGAUCAGAACCAGGACCAUAAGAACAGAAUCAACUAUAAACAAGGACAAAGACACAUGUUUAUGUUUUAGUG